GUGGUGCGUGCGCUAGGCCGUCUUUAGUUCAAAGGCUCACGAACAGUCGUGCGGUCGCUGAGACCGGUUGCUCAGGCGCCUGCGAUAGUUAUCGAGAAAACAGUGCUGCUGAACAGAAGAGCGGCAUGCCGGAUGCAAAGCACAGCAAGUCGCAGAAUAGCGCAGAAUAUUGGGAAAAAAGUCGACGGUGGUUGUUUGGGCGUCGCGGGGCGUUUCGGUCGCGCUCUGGGUCGCGCUGGGACUGACGCUCCAACGUGGUUUGAGGACAACGACCGAUUGCUUUGGACUUCUGGGCAUACGGGAACCUACCAGACGCACGACAAAUAUUCCCACGCCACAUCUUGACGAUUGCAUCGUCUUCUGCUUGUGCCCCUCCCGCUUGCCUAGCUCACUACAUAUGUCCGACUCCCAGUCUGCGCUUUUGUUGAAAAGGCAAUUGAAAGAAUUGUCAAAGAACCCGGUCGAGGGCUUCUCUGCAGGUUUAGCAGACGACAAUAUCUAUGAAUGGGAUGUUAUGAUCGUUGGGCCAGAAGGGACCGAGUAUGAGGGGGGUUUCUUCAAGGCCCGGCUGUCGUUUCCCCAUAACUACCCGCAAAUGCCGCCAACAAUGAAGUUUAUAUCACAAAUGUGGCACCCAAAUGUAUACGAAGAUGGCCGGGUCUGCAUAUCCAUACUGCAUGAGCCAGGGGAUGAUAAGUGGGGUUACGAGACCGCGGCAGAAAGGUGGCUACCCGUCCACACGGUGGAGACGAUCGUGCUAUCAGUGAUCAGCAUGCUUUCCGGUCCCAACGAUGAAUCUCCGGCAAAUGCCGAAGCAGCGAAAGAGUGGCGAGAAGAUCCAGCAGCGUUCAAGAAGCGCGUCCGGCGGGUGGUCCGAAGAAGUUUGGAUGAGUGA